UAUACGGUAAUAUACCGGAAGUGGCCAUUGUGCGCAUGACGUUCUGGGAUAAAUCGACAUCAUAGGAUUUAUUUUGAUAUCAGUUACCUCUCGCCGGUAGUCGAGUAAAAUAUGUUAAUAAACAUGUCACCGUCCGGCUCAACUAUGGAAGAAAAGCUUUCAUCCAUAAUGGACGUACUUGCGAAAGCGGCUGUAUCUGAAAUUAGCCAACUGUUCUCGGAAGGGUCGGCUACUCUUCAGUUACAAAUCACUCAGAGCCGCGAAGAAAACGAAGCGCUGAGGACGAGGAUGAAGGAGAUGAGGAGUGAGCUGUUUUCUCUGCGGCUUCAAACAAUAUCGAAAGCAUCGGGCACGGCAAUUCGUUUUGCCCUGACUCGUGACAACAUCUGCAAACCAGAGACUUCAUCACUGGGAAAUGGCCUAAAACCCCUGAUGGACCACAAGGCGGUUGGACAUUCCCCUUUUCAUUCACGAUCCAAAAGUGAGGCUUCCUCAGUUACAAGUCCAGCAGAGCAGGAGACCCCAAACAUCAUUUUAAUCAGGAUUGAAGAGGAUAUCAGUGGAUGCAGGCCAGCAGAAGACUGCGAUGCCUUUGGAGACCGCAGCACCCAGAGCGGAGCCACCUUGGAGAGUCUCCAUGUGGACGCCGCUGGCUCCUCCUACGUGUCCAGUCAAAACGCAGAGCUACGGAUCCUGAGUGUCCACGCACAAGGGGGGGGGCAACUGGUGAUGGAAGGCCAUGACACGCUCUUCACCGCUUCCGAAGUGGAGGCCCUGAACUCGCUGUCUGCGGACUGCAGCGUGGCCCAGAGCCUGGACUGUGGCGAGCGGAUGGAUUGCCGCAAGCAGCUGGCUGUUCAGGAGACCCAAGACAACUUUUUGAACGAGGAGGAAGAGGAUAUUGGUGGAUUCUGGCCCCCUGUAGAAGACUGCAGUGACAUUAAAGACUGCAGCACACAGCACGGUGCCGCCUCGGAUAGUCUGCAUCCCGAUGCCCCUGGCUCCUCCCACAUGUUCAGUCCAGUUCACUCCAGGGAGAAACCCUACAGGUGUGAGCAAUGCAUGAAGGGCUUCAAACGGAGAAGCGAACUGACGACCCACAUGAGGAUUCACUCUGGGGAGAAGCCCUACAGGUGUGACCAAUGCAUGAAGGGCUUCAAACGGAGAUGCGAACUGACGACCCACAUGAGGAUUCACUCUGGGGAGAAGCCCUUCAGGUGUGACCAAUGCAUGAAGCGCUUCAGUCAGAGCGGCCACCUGACGAUGCACAUGAGGAUUCACUCCAGGGAGAAGCCCCACAGGUGUGACCAAUGCAUGAAGCGCUUCAGUCAGAGCUGUAGCCUGAAGAAGCACAUGAUGAUUCACUCUGGGGAGAAGCCCUACAGGUGUGAUCAAUGCAUGAAGCGCUUCAGUCGGAGCUUUAGCCUGAAGAUCCACAUGAGGAUUCACUCCACUGAGAAGCCCUACAGGUGUGACCAAUGCAUGAAGAGCUUCAAACGGAGCUACGACCUGAAGAUCCACAUGAGGGUUCACUCCGGGGAGAAGCCCUACAGGUGUGACCAAUGCAUGAAGCGCUUCAGUCAGAGCAUUAGCCUGAAGACCCACAUGAGGAUUCACUCCAAGGAGAAGCCCUAUAGGUGUGACCAAUGCAUGAAGGGCUUCAGUCAGAGCUGCCACCUGAAGAUCCACAUGAGGAUUCACUCCAGUCCAGUUCACUCCGGGGAGAAGCCCUACAAGUGUGACCAAUGCAUGAAGCUCUUCAGUCAGAGGAGCCACCUGAAGUCCCACAUGAGAAUUCACUCCAGGGAGAAGCCCUACAGGUGUGACCAAUGCAUGAAGUGCUUCAGUCAGAGCAUUAGCCUGAAGUCGCACAUGAGGAUUCACUCUGGGGAGAAGCCCUACAGGUGUGUGCAAUGCAUGAAGUGCUUCAGUCAGAGAAUUAGCCUGAAGACCCACAUGAGGACUCACUCCGGGGAGAAGCCCUACAGGUGUGACCAAUGCAUGAAGUGCUUCAGUCAGAGCUGCCACCUGAAGAGCCACAUGAGGAUUCACUCCGGGGAGAAGCCCCACAGGUGUGACCAAUGCAUGAAGGGCUUCGGUCAGAGCUCCGACCUGAAGACCCACAUGAGGAUUCACUCCGGGGAGAAGCCCUACAAGUGUGAUCAAUGCAUGAAGGCCUUCAGACAGAACUCUAACCUGAAAGUCCACAUGAGGAUUCACUCCAAAGAGAAGCCCUACAGGUGUGACCAAUGCAUGGAGGAAUUCAGACAGAACUCUAACCUGAAAGUCCACAUGAGGAUUCACUCCAGAGAGAAGCCCUACAGCAGGGCUAUUGAACCUCCUUAACAAGUGGGCCGAAAAGGAAAACCACUGGGGUUCAUGGGCCACACAGAGUAAAACUACGUGAAUGAAUCGCUGCAAAUCAAUCGUACUUAAAGUAGUGUUAACUUAAUAUAUAUAGUACUACUACAUGG